AGCGUCAAAAAUAAGGUCAUGUCUUUAACUAUCUUGUCUUUAUCAUUUUCUUUUCUCGCACGUUAUCUCCUCCCCACGACUCAAAAAAAAUAAACAGAAAAAAAGAGGAGUAGAAACCAAAGAGACCUGCCCUAAUAUUUAGCGAUGAUAGUUUGAACGGAACGAAAUCUGACGAAAGAAACUAAAGAGACCUUUGAAUUAUCUUCACGGCGUUAACAAAAAAAAAGGGUUGUAGAAAGUGAGUAAGGAAGAAAUAAUCAGGAACAUUAAUAAAGGAAAUGACAACGGCGUGUCCGGCGAGGACAAGCUCACUAAUGGACGAUCUCUUGGGCCUCCUUAGAAUCCGUAUCAAACGUGGCGUCAAUUUAGCCGUCCGUGACAUCAGUAGCAGCGAUCCUUACGUCGUCGUCAAGAUGGGCAAACAGAAAUUGAAGACUCGUGUCAUUAACAAAGAUGUUAAUCCAGAAUGGAAUGAAGAUUUGACUCUCUCCGUCACAGACUCCAAUCUUACCGUCCUCUUGACGGUGUAUGAUCACGACAUGUUUAGCAAAGACGACAAGAUGGGCGAUGCUGAGUUCGAGAUAAAGCCCUAUAUUGAGGCUUUGAGGAUGCAACUCGAUGGACUUCCUAGUGGAACCAUUGUGACCACGGUUAAGCCAAGUCGUCGUAACUGUCUAGCCGAGGAGUCACGUGUCACCUGGGUCGACGGCAAGCUCGUCCAGGAUCUCGUUCUCAGAUUGCGACAUGUGGAAUGCGGAGAGGUCGAGGCUCAGCUUCAAUGGAUUGACCUCCCUGGCUCCAAGGGUCUAUGAAUCUUUUUUCUUUUCUUAUUUACCGUUACUUUGAGUUGUUUUCUUUCAAAUUGAACUAAACCAAGUAACAGCAUGGAAAAAAACAAGUAAUUUCAAUCUUGAAGGAUAUAGUGAACUAGAAACACGUAUUAAUCCAUGGAAAUAUAAGGAUUAAGAACGUUGAGGGAAGUUUUGUUCCCAUAUGGUGAUCGAGUCCAAGUCGAGUCGUGGUGGUGGAUAUGUAAAUGUGGUGUAUUGUUGAUGUGUAUGUAUAUUUGGGCUAGCUAUGCCUUAAAUAAGGCAUUUACACGAACAACUAAUACAGAUAUUUUAUUUAUUUAAUUAUCGUUCCAUAUACUUAUGAAUGGUAGAUUGUUUUAACACAUGUGAUGUACUAAUGUUUAUAGGUAAAAAGUGAAAAAAAGACCAGCAUAUUACCAUUUACCAUCGACAUCGAUAGGCCUUUUUUAAACCAUUGACAUUGGAGGUUUUAUGUGUACGUUACUGAAGCACAACUUAUGUAAUUUUUGUGAACAAGAUUUACUUGUACAUUAGCGCUAAUUAAGGUCAUAAAGAAUAAUGAUGAAGAAAGAAUAAAAUAUCGAAGGGAAAAAGCCAGAAGCCACAAAAGGGAUGGUAGGUGAAGAGAAUCCAGAUGUACACUAAUGAGUGAAGCACCAUGGUUUUAUAACGACAAAACACGUGAGCCAUAAUUGUCCU